AUGGGUGUACUAGCAGAGGUAGUUGGUCAAAUUUUGUUCAGUUUUACCCGAGGCGUAACAGAGCACUACAAUCCAGAGGAACCGGAAUUCACUGAAGAAUCUUUUGGUUACAAUCCUCUAGAAAGUACAGGUCGAGAAUGGUAUUGUCGUCCCGUUGAUGAGCUUAUCUAUCAAGAAUACAGCGAAAGAGAAUCUACCACAUGGGAUUAUCUGGCGUCUAGAAAUCUUGAUAUAAAGGUUAUCAAUGCUUGCUCCAUCGAAGAAAUUACACAGGAAGAUCGCAACAAGGACAAGGCAAUGGCUUGGAAGCUUCUGAGACCAUCUGUUCUCUGUACAGUAGGCAAAUCACUGAGUACUGGAGCUUUGAUCUCGCUGCUCGCCGCUACUUUCAUUGGUACAUUGUACACGGUUAUUUGUUACGCUUGUUUUAAUUUGUUAUCGACCGUAAACUGUGGACCUAAAUCAAAUAGACUGCAAACGCAAUGGGCAUUUGCUGGUACGCUUUAUUGUAUUUUUCUUUAUAUUUGGCCCUUCACUGUUUUGCUCUUCCUCUUUCGUCCAUUUCAGUUAAAGGGGGUGAAAGGAAAGCUCUUUCUGGUUUCAUUUCUAUCAUACUGCUUGGACGCACUCUAUCGCAUGUUUCAACGAUUCUUAAAGUUAUCUCAUGUGAGCAUUUCCAGCUUUUUAACUUGGUUUCCACUAAACACGAUAUUCAUCAUCAGCGUUUGUUUGGAACAGUACGUGGUGACGAAUCAUUUCUGCCCCCGUUCAAGAAAAAUAAAGAAGCUCAUUUUGUUCCUUCAGAUGUUAGCAACGGCUUGUUUUACAUUUCUUCUCGGACAGAUUGGUCAGUACUUUGUCUAUCCGUAUUACGUUAAGAGUAAAAACAAACUUUUACUUGCCCUAUUUUUUCCUCUCAUUGGAGUCGUUGUGAAGAUAAUCUCACGAAUAUGUGUUCAACGACUAUAUAAUAUUGCUCAUCCGGGGUAUUCUUAUACCUUGCUGGUGCCGUUGUAUUAUGGGUCAGCGAUUAUCUUUCGAGCUUUGCAAGCAGAUCUUGACAGUCUAGAGAACAUUGCUAUUGUAGGAAUUAUCCACGGCGCUGCAGAAGUUAUAGAACGGAGUACAAUGGUGUUCAUUGAUCACAUUUUUUAUUUGCUUUGGAAAAGGAAAUCAGCUCCUUGGGGAAGUUUCCGUACUCCACGCCGUGAGAGACUCAUGGCUGAUAUCGCUAUCAUGAGCAUGAUGUCUGAAUCGACUGCUAUAGUGUCCGUAAAUGGCUUUAUUUACUUGUUUAAGUUUCUUUGCUUGCAAGAUAGCUCCCUUUCAAUGGUACUACUGUUAUUUGCCAAGUUCACCUUAGUUCAGCUGGUGAUUGAAUGGUUUUUCACCAGUGUUUCAUUGGCGAUCGAGACUCGUUAUCAGAAUUUGGCUGUCAUGGCUGUAUGGGGAAGACGAUGGAAAAGACACAUUUUAGUGGCGGUUGUAAAUAUUAUUCCUUUAGCACUUUAUACCAGCGAAGACCUU